AUGGCAUACGACUUCGAGCGCUAUGUCGAUCGGUGCAUUCAGGAUUCGCAAGAACAGAGGACUUACAGUCGCCUUUCGAAAUUUAGCAACGUUCGCUUCUCUGUCCUGCCCGUCCGGAAAUCCCGGACAGUGCGUUUUCGCGCUCUCAUCGGCGUCGAGAAGCGUAAAGGAUCGGUUCUUCAAGUCUGCAACAAGGCUCCUGAGGACUCCCAAGUCUUACCUCGGGUGCUCCUGGGAGGCGAAACAGACAAGGCCGGCUGA